UUUUUAGCAUUUCCCCUAUUAAUUUUCACAAUUUUGUGAGAAAAAUAGCAAUGUUCAGCUGUAAUAAUUUUGCAGUUAUUUUGUUAAUUUUGAAGAUUAUUUCAGUCAAUUUUGUUUUAAAAGGCACAGAUCGUUGUGAGGCACAAUUACUUUAUUACCCAACAACAUUAAUGUCAUAUUAUUAUCCAAUGUCUUUUUAUUAUCCAAUUAUGCCCUAUUAUCUCGCUUUGGGAAAACGAUCUACUAAACAAGAUUCUUUUGGGAAUUUAAUAGAUAAAAAAUUAAAGUCAGAUGAUGAGAUACGCUAG